GCUAAAUCUACCUUGCUGAGAGCAUGAAAUCCGGGUUUGGUUUAUCACGCUCAUAUUCCUGGUUGCUGGAUGGGGGUCUCUCUCUUAUUUUACUGACAUUAGAGAAGGCUGCCAGAAAAUGUGCAAUGAAGUAGAUGCCUUUUUUCAUACACUUGCAUGAUCACAUCUUCCCCCCUUCCUCUCACUGGAGAUAUCUUGUAUUAUGCAUGUGUUUUAUUUUUUUUUAAAGAAGCCCUAAAGACAACAGUGCUUUCUGUAAUUCUUGCAGCAAGAUUGAGCAUUCGGCAUAAAGGGCACACUGUUAAGAUAUAGCAAUGCAUGCAUUGUUUUCUACAUAAUGCAGUCAGGGUCUCCAUGGUAAAAUGAGAGAGGGAGAAAAAGAGAGAGAGAGAGAUUAUUUUUAUAUAUUUAUUUAUUUAUUGUCACCAUCAGCAGUUAAUCUAAACUAGGAGCUGCUCCAUUUCAUUGUGGGUUAAGUGGCUUACCAUGCAGAACCAAGUGAGGGAGUAUAAAUCAUCCUCGUUGCUUUUGGGGGGCGGAUUUCAGCAAUAGAUUUGAGGAUUAUUGAAGAAAAGGACCAAUGCUGCAGCAGUUGUUGCUCUGGAGUGUUUCUAAGAGGGAAGCUUCGUCUUCGGCGUACCCCCUUCAGAGGAAUCACUUAGACAUUUCCAGCUGGUGGCAGGGGAUACAGCCAUAAUACCGCUUUCUCUGUCCCAGCUGCCUUUCUCAUUACGCUAAAUGCAUUGGGAUAGUUGCACUCUUUUUCGAGGCUCAGGUAUGGGAAGGUACAGGAAGAGAUCUGCAAGCAUGAAAUCGUGUAGCAUCUGCCAGCAUUAUCAAGUCCUUUGAAUCCUGAAUGCCUUCCUGGCUCUGGCCAAAAGCUUUUUGCCAGGCAUCGGUUGGAAGGGCUGCUUGAAGGUGCCUGAGGAUAUCACCUUCUCUGUACCAGAAAGGAUUUGUUGAAAAGGGUGUCCUUAAUGCAGCAUGGCCCAUGCAGCGUCGCAGCUCAAGAAAAACAGAGAUUUAGAACUUAACCCCGAAGAAGAAAAUGAGAAAAAGAGGAAACACAGGAAAAGAUCCAAGGAUCGGAAGAAAAAGUGUGACACCAAUGCAAGUUACCUUCGAGCUGCCCGAGCAGGCAACCUAGAAAAGGCUCUUGAUUAUUUAAAAAAUGGAGUGGACAUCAACAUUUGCAACCAGAAUGGGUUGAACGCCCUCCAUCUCGCCUCCAAAGAAGGCCAUGUCGAAGUUGUUUCAGAACUGAUACAGAGAGGUGCCAAUGUGGACGCAGCAACAAAGAAAGGAAACACAGCUUUGCACAUAGCGUCUCUAGCGGGGCAGACCGAAGUGGUGAAAGUGCUGGUGACAAAUGGGGCCAAUGUCAAUGCACAGUCUCAGAAUGGGUUCACCCCAUUGUAUAUGGCAGCCCAAGAAAAUCACCUGGAAGUGGUUAAAUUUCUUCUUGACAAUGGGGCAAGUCAGAGCCUUGCCACAGAGGAUGGCUUCACGCCAUUAGCAGUGGCUCUUCAGCAGGGCCAUGAUCAGGUGGUUUCCUUGUUGCUUGAAAAUGACACGAAGGGAAAGGUUCGGCUCCCUGCUCUUCACAUCGCCGCACGGAAAGAUGAUACCAAGGCUGCUGCUCUACUGCUGCAGAACGACCACAAUGCCGAUGUGGAGUCCAAGAGUGGCUUUACUCCGCUCCACAUAGCUGCACACUAUGGAAAUAUCAAUGUAGCUACGCUGCUUUUAAAUCGUGGUGCCGCUGUGGACUUUACUGCAAGGAACGACAUCACUCCUUUGCAUGUAGCAUCAAAGAGGGGGAACACCAACAUGGUUAAGCUGCUUCUUGAUAGAGGGGCAAAAAUUGAUGCCAAAACGAGGGAUGGUCUGACGCCUCUCCACUGUGGGGCACGAAGUGGCCAUGAACAAGUUGUGCGUAUGCUGCUUGACCGAGGAGCUCCUAUUCUUUCCAAAACAAAGAAUGGUUUAUCUCCACUGCACAUGGCGACGCAGGGGGACCACCUCAACUGUGUUCAGCUCCUGAUCGAGCACAAUGUGCCUGUGGACGACGUCACCAAUGACUAUCUGACAGCACUGCACGUUGCCGCCCACUGUGGCCACUACAAAGUUGCAAAGGUCUUAUUGGACAAGAAAACCAACCCUAAUGCCAAAGCACUGAAUGGUUUUACACCUCUCCAUAUUGCCUGCAAAAAGAACAGAAUUAAAGUGAUGGAACUUUUACUGAAACAUGGAGCAUCUAUCCAAGCUGUCACAGAGUCGGGGUUGACUCCAAUCCAUGUUGCUGCCUUUAUGGGACAUGUAAAUAUUGUUUCACAGCUGAUGCAUCAUGGAGCUUCGCCCAACACAACCAAUGUGAGAGGAGAGACAGCGCUUCAUAUGGCUGCCAGAGCUGGCCAAUCAGAAGUUGUUCGAUACUUAGUCCAGAAUGGAGCUCAGGUAGAAGCCAAAGCCAAGGAUGACCAAACACCACUCCAUAUCUCCGCGAGAUUGGGUAAAGCUGAUAUAGUGCAACAGCUUCUACAACAAGGAGCUUCUCCGAAUGCUGCCACAACUUCAGGAUACACACCAUUGCAUCUUUCAGCACGCGAAGGACAUGAAGAUGUAGCCUCAGUCCUUUUGGACCAUGGAGCAUCCUUAUGUAUAACUACCAAGAAAGGGUUUACUCCUCUACACGUGGCAGCCAAAUAUGGCAAAAUUGAAGUAGCCAACCUCCUGCUUCAGAAGAAUGCAUCUCCAGAUGCUGCUGGAAAGAGUGGUUUAACUCCACUGCAUGUUGCGGCACAUUACGAUAAUCAGAAAGUGGCACUUCUGCUCUUGGACCAGGGAGCUUCACCUCACGCCUCUGCAAAGAAUGGUUACACACCGCUGCACAUCGCUGCCAAGAAGAACCAGAUGGAUAUUGCAACUACAUUGCUGGAAUAUGGUGCUGAUGCCAAUGCUGUGACCAGGCAGGGAAUUGCUCCAGUGCAUCUGGCCUCACAAGAGGGCCACGUGGAUAUGGUCUCCUUGCUUCUCACAAGAAACGCCAAUGUGAACCUGAGCAACAAGAGUGGGCUGACUCCUCUUCAUCUGGCCGCACAAGAGGACCGAGUCAACGUGGCUGAGGUUCUUGUCAACCAGGGGGCUACUGUGGAUGCGCAAACCAAGAUGGGAUACACCCCCUUACACGUUGGAUGCCACUAUGGAAACAUAAAGAUGGUGAAUUUCCUAAUGCAGCAAUUUGCAAAAGUGAAUGCCAAGACAAAGAAUGGAUACACCCCUCUGCAUCAAGCAGCCCAACAAGGGCACACCCAUAUAAUCAACGUCUUACUCCAGAAUGGCGCAUCACCCAAUGAACUCACUGUGAAUGGGAAUACUGCCCUGGCUAUUGCAAAACGACUUGGCUACAUUUCCGUUGUUGACACACUAAAGGUGGUGACAGAAGAAACCAUGACAGCAAUUACUGUCAUAGAAAAGCAUAAAAUGAAUGUACCGGAAACAAUGAAUGAAGUUUUGGACAUGUCUGACGAUGAGGGUGAAGAUGCGAUGACAGGAGAUACAGAUAAAUACCUUGGGCCACAGGAUCUGAAGGAACUGGGGGAUGAUUCUCUGCCUGCGGAAGGAUACAUGGGCUUCAGCCUAGGAGCCCGCUCUGCCAGUCCUAAGGUCAGCCUCCGCUCCUUCAGUUCGGAUAGGUCUUACACUUUGAACCGGAGUUCCUAUGUGCGGGACAGCAUGAUGAUUGAAGAGUUACUAGUUCCAUCAAAAGAUCAACAGCAGAGUUUGAUUCCUAGAGAGUUUGAUUCCGACUCUCUGAGGCACUAUAGUUGGGCUGCGGAUACAAUGGACAACGUCAACCUCGUCUCCAGCCCCAUACAUUCCGGCUAUUCCUCUCCACUCCCCCAAUAUGAUUCAAGUUUUCUAGUAAGUUUUAUGGUUGAUGCCCGUGGGGGUUCCAUGAGGGGCAGCCGACACAACGGCAUGAGAAUCAUUAUUCCACCAAGAAAAUGUACAGCGCCCACCCGGAUCACCUGCCGUUUGGUAAAGAGGCAUAAACUAGCCAGUCCUCCACCAAUGGUCGAAGGGGAAGGUCUAGCUAGUAGGCUGGUAGAAAUGGGGCCUUCGGGUGCACAAUUCUUAGGCCCCGUCAUAGUAGAAAUACCACAUUUCGGAUCAAUGCGAGGAAAGGAACGAGAGCUGAUAGUGCUUCGAAGUGAAAAUGGGGAAACAUGGAAGGAACAUCAAUUCGACAACAGGCAUGAAAAUCUCACAGAGAUUCUAAAUGGAAUGAAUGAAGAACUGGACAGCGUGGAGGAGCUUGAAAAAAAGCGUGUAUGCAGGAUUAUCACAAAGGACUUUCCACAGUAUUUUGCGGUGGUUUCAAGAAUUAAACAAGAGAGCAACCAGAUUGGGCCAGAGGGUGGUGUCCUUAGCAGUACAACUGUGCCACAUGUCAAAGCCUCUUUUCCAGAAGGAGCAUUAACAAAGCGAAUACGAGUCGGCCUUCAGGCUCAACCAGUUCCAGAUGAAGCUGUCAAAAAAAUCCUUGGCAACAAGGCCACAUUCAGCCCCAUUGUGACUGUGGAGCCGAGAAGAAGAAAAUUCCAUAAACCAAUCACCAUGACUAUUCCCGUGCCACCCCCAUCAGGGGAAGGGAUAACGAAUGGAUACAAAGGCGACACAACACCCAGCCUUCGACUACUGUGUAGUAUUACAGGAGGUACUUCACCGGCUCAGUGGGAAGACAUAACAGGAACCACGCUGCUGACCUUCGUGAAUGAUUGUGUUUCUUUCACAACCAACGUUUCAGCCAGAUUUUGGCUAGCAGACUGCCAUCAGAUUGGCGAAACUGUUGGGCUGGCCACACAGCUUUAUAGGGAAUUAAUAUGUGUUCCUUACAUGGCCAAGUUCGUAAUUUUUGCCAAAAUGAACGAUGCCGUGGAAUCCAAUUUGCGUUGCUUCUGCAUGACGGAUGAUAAAGUUGACAAAACUUUGGAGCAGCAGGAGAAUUUUGAAGAAGUUGCAAGAAGCAAAGAUAUUGAGGUUUUGGAAGGAAAGCCUAUCUAUGUGGACUGCUAUGGGAAUCUGGCCCCUUUGACAAAAGGAGGACAGCAGCUAGUAUUUAAUUUUUAUGCUUUCAAAGAAAACAGACUGCCAUUUUCUAUCAAGAUUAGAGAUACCAGCCAGGAACCUUGUGGUCGUUUAUCAUUUCUGAAAGAACCAAAGACUACAAAGGGUCUGCCACAGACAGCUGUUUGUAACUUGAACAUCACUCUGCCAGCACAUAAAAAGGAAACAGAGUCAGAUCAAGAUGACGAGACGGAAAAAACGGACCGGCGCCAGAACUUUGUGUCCCUUGCUUUACGUAAGCGCUACAGCUAUCUGACUGAGCCUGGAAUGAAAACAGUUGAACGAAGUGCAGGAGCAACAAGAUCCCUACCUGCUACCUAUUCAUACAAGCCAUUCUUUUCAGCAAGACCCUAUCAGUCAUGGACAACAGCACCAAUCACUGUGCCUGGGCAAAAUAAAUCAGGCUUCACUUCUCUAUCAAGCUCGUCCUCUAACACUCCAACAGCAUCCCCAUUAAAAUCAAUAUGGUCGGGUUCUUCUGCUUCACCAAUCAAAUCCACAUUAGGAGCCUCAACUACAUCUUCAGUUAAAUCUGUUAGCGAUGUAGCUUCUCCAAUUAGAUCAUUUCGGACAAUCUCCUCACCAAUAAAAACUGUGGUUGCGAAACCUCCAUACAAUAGCCAAGUUUCUUCUCGUUCUUUCAUCAGAGCUCCUGCAGUCACAGAAGCCACUAGUUUGAAAGGGCUGGCAUCUGCUUCCACAUUUCCCUCUCGGACAUCUCCCGUGACUACAGCUGGGUCUCUUUUGGAGAGAUCAUCCAUUACCAUGACGCCGCCAGCAUCUCCUAAAUCGAACAUUAACAUGUACUCUUCAAGUUUGCCAUUUAAAUCAAUCAUCACAUCAGCAUCACCGCUUUUAUCUUCACCUUUAAAAUCAGUGGUGUCUCCUGCUAAGUCGGCAGUUGAUGCUGUUUCACCAUCUAAAGUCACAAUGACUUCAUCCCUCACAUCCCCUGCGAAACACACAAUUGGGCAUACAGAGGUAGCAAUGGUUAACGGAUCCAUGUCACCUUUGAAAUAUCCGUCCCCUGCCAGUUUGAUCAAUGGAUCCAAAGCCACUGCCACAUUUCAAGACAAGAUUACUGCAGCCUCCAGUUCUGCAAGUUGUGCUGUUAAUGCAGCCACUGAUGCCGUUGAGAAAAUACUUCCAGCCACUACUGCAAUGCCAUUUUCUCCACUCAGGUCACACGUGUCUUCAACUCCAUCAGCCUUUCAGUCAAUAAGAACUCCUUCUGCAGGUGUACUGUACACAUCUCUUGGGUCAAUAUCAGCAACUACCUCGUCAGUAACCUCAUCAACAAUCACAGUGCCAGUAUAUUCUGUAGUCAAUGUUUUGUCUGAACCAGCACUAAAGAAGCUCCCAGAAUCAUCUUCCCUUACAAAAUCGGCAGCGGCGUUGCUCUCGCCUAUUAAAACAUUGACUACAGAGACACGCACACAGCCUCACUUUACCCGAACCUCAUCUUCUAUAAAAUCAUCCUUGUUUUUAGCACCCUCUGCUCUUAGGUUGUCCACACCAUCUUCUUUAUCUUCUAGUCAGGAGAUAUUAAAAGAUGUGACUGACAUGAAAGAGGACCUAAUAAGAAUGAAAGCAGUAUUGCAGACAGAUGUAAUCGAGGACAAGGCAUUCCAUCCAGAACUAACAAAAGAUGAUAGAUUAGGUGAAGAAGAACCUUUAGAAAUUGUUCAGAAAGUAAAAGAGGGCCUAGUGAAAGUUAGUGAGAUACUGACACAAGGUGUGUAUUUAGACAAACAAUCAACCAAGCUAUCCAAAAGUGAUGAAGGACCCUCCUCUGAGGAUGAAUGGGUAGAGUUCAGUGCAGAUGAGAUUGAUGAAGCAAGAAGGCAAGGCAUGACAUGUCCUCCUAUAUGUAUUCCUGAAAAGAUGCAGAUUAAAGCAAAGGCUGUAUCUGAAAAGGAUUAUAACUUGACUAAAGUCAUUGAUUAUUUGACAAAUGAUAUUGGUAGCAGUUCACUGGCAAGUUUAAAGUACAAAUUUGAAGAAGGGAAAAGAGAAGGUGAAGAAAGACAAAAAAGAGUCUUGAAACCAGCCAUUGCAUUGCAAGAACACAAACUUAAAAUGCCUCCAGCCUCUAUGAGGCCUUCUACUUCAGAGAAAGAGUUGUGUAAAAUUGCAGAUUCCUUUUUUGGAACUGAUACCAUUUUGGAAUCUCCAGAUGACUUUUCUCAACAUGACCAAGACAAAAGUCCUUUAUCCGACAGUGGCUUUGAAACAAGAAGUGAGAAAACGCCUUCAGCCCCACAAAGUGCAGAAAGUACAGGGCCCAAACCACUUUUUCAUGAUGUACCAAUCCCUCCUGUCAUUACAGAGACAAGAACUGAAGUGGUUCAUGUUAUCCGUAGCUAUGAACCUUCACCAGAAGAGGUUCCUGAACCACAAACAGAAGAGCCUCCAUCUCCCAAAACAGCACCCACUUUUAUGGAGCUGGAAGUCCGGCCAAAUGGAGGAUCUAUCAAAGAUAAAGUGAAAGCAUUUCAAAUGAAAGCCAGCAGUGAUGACGAUGAGCACAAGAGUGUUCUUGGUAAAGGUGUCCGGGUGAAAGAAGAAACUCAUAUAACUACUACAACCAGAAUGGUUUAUCACAAACCUCCAGGCACUGAGAGUUCUUCAGAAAGAAUUGAAGAAACAAUGUCUGUUCGUGAUAUAAUGAAAGCUUUUCAGUCAGGACGUGAUCCUUCCAAAGAAUUGGCAGGUCUGUUUGAACAUAAGUCUACGGUAACACCAGAUGCUAGCAGGUCUACUGAAAUUGCACCGCAACGUACAGAAAAGGACAGCAAAAUGAAACCCAAACUGGAGCGUAUAAUAGAGGUCCAUAUUGAAAAAGGUAAUGAGGCUGAACCUACUGAAGUCAUUAUUAGAGAAACAAAAAAGCGUCCUGAGAAAGAAAUGUAUGUUUAUCAAAAAGACUUGCCUCAUAGUGAUUUGGAAAAACACGAGGCUUUUCCUUGUUCAGAUGAACAAGGUCAGCAAGAAGAAGAAGAACUUACAGGAGAAGAGUCACUGCCUUCUUUUCUGGAGUCUAGAGUAAACACUCCUGUGUCUCAGGAAGAAGACAGUCGCCCUAAUUCUGCCCAACUUAUGUCUGAUGACUCGUACAAAACUCUGAAGCUUUUGAGUCAACAUUCAGUAGAGUACCAUGAUGAUGAGUUAUCAGAACUAAGAGGGGAGUCUUACCGGUUUGCUGAGAAAAUGCUUCUCUCAGAAAAGUUAGAUGUUGUGACUCCUCAGUAUCACUCUGAUACUCCUCAGUAUCACUCUGAUACUGAGGAGUCCGUUACUGAUCAUAUCCUACCCCAUAGCUCAGACUCACAGGGGCCUGAUAAACGAUACAGAGAGAAAAUAACCACAAUUCCCCCAAAAGAAAUCUUCACUAAAACCUCUAAAGAUAUAUCAGAAAAUGGCGUAGGUAAAAUAUCUAAGGAUGACCAUUAUGAUAAAGUGACAGUUUUACAUUAUACCGGAGAUGUUAGUAGUCCAAAACAUGCAAUGUGGAUGCGCUUUACUGAGAACAGGUUAGAUAGAGGUAGAGAAAAGUUGAUGUAUGAAGACAGGGUGGACAGGACUGUUAAGGAGGCAGAAGAAAAGCUGACAGAAGUAUCACAGUUCUUCCGGGACAAAACAGAAAAAUUGAAUGUUGAAUUGCAAUCACCUGAGAAAAAGCAACAGAAAGGACAUGGGAAAGAUGCUCAGUCAGGCCACAGAUCAGCUACCAGCAGCCCUGAAAAGGGGGCAGUUUCUGACUUUCAACGUUCAAAGGAUGAUUGGACUAGAGAAGGACUCUAUGGCCGUGAUGGAAAGGGCUUCCCAAAAAAUGAUGAAAGAAGGGCAGCGAGUUUGCCUAGCAGCCCUGAGAGAAGAGCUCUCAUGCAACAGACUGAGGACUCUAAGCGGUCAACGGAACAAAAAGGAAUUGCUCAAAAAGGUAGGACACCUGAAGCUUUGCCAACUGGAUUUCAACUGAAGCAAUCCAAACUCAGUUCUAUUAGGCUGAAGUUUGAACAGAGCAUAGGCUCAAAGAAUAAGGAGCAGCUUCAAGAAGAUAAGAAGCAAGAUCCUCAGUCUAAAAUCCCAGUGAAGAAAUUGCAAGACAGCAAGCUCCCAGUCUAUCAAUUUUAUGCCAGAGAAAAGCAUGCAAAAGAAAGAGACCUUACAGAUGGCAAUCUAACGUUACAGAAAGAACCUUCUGCUAGCAAAUUAAAAGAAACCACCCAGAGUAAAGUCAAAGCUGUAGAAGAUGCUUCUUCUUCAGAUGUAGUCAAACACAGAAGCGAAAUCCCUAGUAAAAAUGUUUCAGACACUUUUGCAGAGCAGAAGGUGAAAGGUUUGGCAUACAGCACAACUUCUGAAACUGCACCAGCCAAGGGGCAUUGGGAUAAGAAGAUCUAUAGAACAUGGGAAAGUCCUGGGACGUCUGCCCACAAAACACAAAAAGAAAAACUUUCCCACGUCCUGGUUCAGGAUGCAGUGAAAGAAAAUCACAUUGACCAUCCUGAGACAACAGAUAUGGCCAAAGACAAUGAACUUAUUGCUGUGAAACAGCAUGAGCAUAAAAUUUCAACAAAUGGAUCCUCUUCAAAAGAGGUGAAGGAAAUGACUGUAAAAUCUCCAUCCAAAAAGGUCCUUUAUAGAGAAUAUUUUGUCAGAGAAGGGGAAUGCCCCAGUGAAACAGUGGAUAAAACUUUAAAGAAAAAAGAAUCAUUGACUACAUCUCACAUUCCAGUCAGAAUUUCUGAAGAAAAAAGAAUGCUAUCAGCUGGUGUUCUUGAUGGCACUCAAGAACAGACCAAAACGGCAGGACAUGAACUGUCAGCUAAAGUAGCCCAUGUCAGUAUGGCUAAGGAAAGAGCCGAGAGACAUUUUGAAUAUACAGAGCAUGAUAAAACUAAGUAUUCAGAAUUUUGUCUGGGUAGCAGCAGGCAACAUGGUUAUUCCAAAUUAAGUCCUCCUGUGGAGGAUGCUGAACUGUCCCCUAGCAAAUCACCUGACUCUUUAGAAAUGAGCCCAGGAAAGGAAUCUCCCUCACGGGACUCAGACCCCAUUCAUGGUGACAGUUUGGUGAGAUCUGCCCCUUUGGCAACAGCUGAGGGAACAAAAGAGAUAAAAACCCUGCCUGUUUAUGUUAGUUUUGUUCAAGUAGGGAGGCAAUAUGAAAGGGAAGUGCAACAAGGAAGCAUCAAAAAAAUGGUGAGCCAGGAAAGUAAAACAGUGCAGGAGACCAAGGGGGCCUUUUAUACAACUAGGCAGCAGAAGCAACUUCCUUCUCCUCAAGGUAGUCCAGAAGAUGACACAUUAGAGCAGGUGUCCUUCAUGGAUAGCUCUGGGAAAAGCCCCUUAACUCCCGAGACACCCAGUUCAGAAGAAGUGAGUUAUGAGUUUACAUCUAAAACACCAGAUUCACUUAUAGCUUAUAUACCAGGCAAACCCAGUCCUAUCCCAGAGGUUUCUGAAGAAUCAGAGGAGGAGGCAGAGGCUAGAUCAACCUCUGUAAAACAGAUAACUGUAGAGCCACCCAAAAUUGACAAAGUCUUGCCCAGUAAUCUAGACAGGGAUUCUAAUAAAAGACACAAGGGAAAUAGGGUUGCCUACAUUGAAUUCCCACCACCUCCUCCAUUAGAUGCCGAUCAAACAGAAUCAGAAAAGCACCGCCACUCCUCUGAGAGUGAGAUGGAGAUGAUCGAAGUCAACCUACAGGAUGAACUUGACAAAUUUCAUUUGGCUGAACCAGUCAUAAGAGUGCAGCCACCUUCUCCAGUCCCACCAGGAGAAGAUUUCAGUGACUCUAGUGAUGAUGAAUCCCUCUAUCAACCCAUUCCAAUUAAAAGAUAUAUGUUUAAACUGAGCGACAUGGAACAUGACCAGAAAGAAACCAUCAAACAGAAAUCAUCCGAAAAGAAGGAGACAGGGAAAUCUAGUGAGUUUGAUCUUGGCCUUGAUUCUCCCCAGAAUGAUAUUGCACAAAAUGGGAACAAUGACCAGUCUAUUACGGAGUGUUCCAUAGCGACCACUGCAGAAUUCUCCCAUGACACAGAUGCAACUGAAAUAGAUUCCCUUGAUGGGUAUGACCUGCAAGAUGAAGAUGAUGGUCUGACUGAAAGUGAUUCCAAACUUGCAGGUCCAGCAGUUGAAAUCAAGAAGGAGAUAUGGGCUACAGAAGGCAUUUUGAAACAGACUGACCGGUGCUUUAGCCAAAGCAAGCUGGAAGUUAUUGAGGAGGAGGAAAAAGUCAGCACUGAAGAAAACAAGCUAUUAUCAAAAUGUCCAGCAUCUGAAAAAAGUGCCAAUAAGACUGAACAAAAGUCAGGUGCACAGUUUUUUACUCUGGAAGGCAGGCAUCCUGACAGGACUGUGUUUCCUGACACAUAUUUUAGUUACAAAGUAGAUGAAGAGUUUGCAACCCCUUUUAAGACAGUAGCCACCAAAAGCCUAGAUUUUGACCCUUGGCCCAAUAAUCGUGGUGACGAUGAAGUUUUUGAGUCAAAAUCCAAAGAGGAUGAAUCUAAGCCUUUUGGCCUUGCUGUCGAAGACAGAUCUCAAGCAACAACCCCUGACACAACACCAGCCCGAACACCAACUGAUGAAAGUACACCUACUAGUGAGCCCAACCCCUUCCCAUUUCACGAAGGGAAGAUGUUUGAGAUGACUCGCAGUGGCGCAAUUGACAUGAGCAAGAGGGAUUUUGUUGAAGAGAGACUCCAAUUUUUUCAGAUUGGUGAGCAUACUUCUGAAGGGAAGUCAGGGGACAAGGGGGAAGGGGAUACAAAUAAAGUCACUGCCAUCACACAACCACAGUCAGGGGACAAAACUGUAGAACAAAACAUAGAGAGAGAAGUAGAAAUACCAGAAGUUGAACAUAAGCUCAUCAUCCAGGCCAGUGGAGAUUGUCUGGAAGCAACAUCGGGUAGUAACUCUCCGGAGAAAUCAUCAGCCACUGUUAAUUCUUCUAAAGUUGAUCCCAAAUUGCGUGCACCUAUUAAAAUGGGAAUUUCUGCUUCCACCAUGACGCUGAAGAAAGAUGCCUCUGGAGAAGUGGCAGAUAAGCUAGAGGCUGUGACACCAGGUGCUCAGGGGUUAGAAUGUGAAACCAUAGAGGAGGUUGCAAAUACAGCUAUAGUUAGCCAGCCAAGUGUUAGGCAGACAGAAAAGCAUGAUUUCCAAAAAGAUAAUUUUAAUAACAACAACAAUUUGGAUCCAUCCACCAUAUCUACCAGUAGUAUAACCUGUAAAAGAGUACUAAAUGAAGAUUUUGAGGCAAAGUGUCCCACACAGAAAGCUAGCCCAAUGAAAAACACUUCAGGAAAUGGUAAAGGCACAGCACACGAACACUGUAAGCAAAAAAUACAUGGAGAACACAAGCCACCAGAGGCUGUAGGGAAUAGAGUAAGAUCAAAACUUCCCAUAAAGGCUACCUCAGCAAAAGAAGCCAUUCCACUUAGCAGUAGCCAAACCUACAAAGUGAGUAAAGUCAGACAAGAAAGUAAAGUUGAGAAAAGAAAACAAAACAGCUCAUCUCCACAUGUAGAAGUAAGGUCAAAGAUUCCUGUAAAAAAUACACAAAGGCAAAAUUUAGUCGUAGUUAGGAAAUCCUCAGCAACUCAAAACCAAGAGCAGCUAGAGAGAAGCAAAGGCAAACCACUUCCUUCUAAAUUACCAUUAAAGGUAAGAUCUACCACCAUAUCAAACACGGCGACAGCAACAGUUAAAGUAAAGCAGAGUCAGCUUAGGGAGGUAUGUAAGCAUUCUAUUGAAUAUUUUAAGGGAAUUAGUGGUGAGGCUUUAAAGCUGGUGGACCGUCUGUCGGAUGAAGAUAAAAAGAUGCAGACAGAGGUAUCUGAUGAUGACGAUGAAGAAGAAGACAGUACAUCAAGAAACACAUCCUUGUCUGAAGCCACUCAAGUUUUCCAGCCUUCCAUUACAACGAAGCCUGCUAGAGAUAUGAAAACAGAGGCAGCAUCUUUAAAAUCAAAGAGUGAAAAAUCCGACAGUGAGAGGAGGAGGAGGAGUAAGAGAAGGACUGGUGAGAAUGGAGGGAGUCAGGUUUCUCGAGCUCUCGGGGCUCACCUCGUGGAGAUCAAGCCUAGUCCACAGAGUCCAUGUGAACGGACAGAUAUAAGGAUGGCAAUAGUGGCUGAUCACCUGGGACUUAGCUGGACAGAACUCGCAAGAGAGCUGAAUUUCUCUGUUGAUGAAAUUAAUCAAAUCAGAGUGGAAAACCCAAACUCUUUGAUUGCUCAGAGCUUCAUGUUGUUAAAGAAAUGGGUUAUCAGAGAUGGGAAAAAUGCUACAACUGAUGCCUUAACUUCUGUAUUGACAAAAAUCAAUCGGAUUGACAUUGUCACCUUGUUGGAAGGACCAAUAUUUGAUUAUGGAAACAUUUCCGGCACCAGGAGCUUUGCAGACGAAAAUAAUGUUUUCCAUGAUCCCGUUGAUGGUUAUCCCACGAUUCAAAUGGAACUGGAAACUCCCACUGGGUUACGCCACAUGCCACCCAGUCAUUCCCAUCAAGAUGAUUUCUGUAGUGAUUUCUCUAGUAUAGAGUCACCCCUUAGAACUCCCAGUAGACUGAGUGACGUGUUAGUAACUUUACAGGGCAACGUAGAUGAUACAGCAAAAGGACCUCCAGUGGUGAUUGAAGAAGACACUUCACUGGAAGAUGGCAAACAACAAUUCUCAGUGCCUAGAAAAGGAACAUCUAAAGAUCCAGGCCAGAUCCAAGUGGAGGAGAUGGACCUGACUGAUUACCCUCAACAUCUUGGUAGUUAUGCUGGGAUUCCAAAACAAAUGCAGUGUGAAGAAACUAGUCCGACGCUAGUGAGAACUGAACAUCAUGAGAGAGAAAAGUCUGGUACUGAUGAGGAGAUGACAGAAGAAAAGCUUAAAUCUCUGUUUGAAGAUAUUCACCUUGAUGAAAUUGUUGAGUCUGAGGAGAUGACGGAAGAAAAGGUCUUGUCUAUUCUUAAGUAUGUGAAGCAGGCAGAACAGGAACUAUCUUCAAUUACAGGUUGGCAGAGUGAAGCCUCCAGUGUCAACGUGGAACCGCCGACACCAGGACGCAGAAUAAGUGGGGAUUUGCUGGAUCAACGAGAUGAAAGCCCUGACCAAUGUAGAGAUUCUAUUACCUCAUAUCUGAAAGGAGAAGCAGGAAAACUGGAAACCAAUGGAAGUUACUCGGAAUCCGCAAAAGAAGUAAAGACAAAGCCUUUUGCUCAAGAGUCUGCGAACGGUCUAGGAAAGCAAAGCGAGAAGGAAACUGUGAAACCAAAAAUGCAAAGUGCUCUCCGAACUGAGCAACACAUGAUCUCGCAUCAGAAAUCUUUGCAAGAAUCUAGCAAGCCAGCAGUUGAUGCGCCUAAAACCUCUGUGCCUGUCAGCAUGAAAAAGACAAGCUGGAAUACUUCCAACGACAGCAAAAUGAGACUAAAAGCUGAGGAAGAAGCGGGAGCAACAGCCUCCGAACCAAAGGGUGAGGAAGCAAAAAACAUUCCUGGUGAAUCUGUUACAGAAGAGCAGUUUACUGAUGAAGAAGGCAACGUCGUCACUAGAAAACAGGGAGAAGGAUAUAAAUUGAAGACAAAGAAGGAAGUCCGGCACAUGGAGAAGACAACAUACUCAUAACAGCCAAACAGCAAAUGACUGUGUGUGCUUUUACUGCCAGUAUUUUAGAGGAAAACUCAAGGAAGAGAAAAAUUGACAGGAAUUAUCAAGCCACUGAUAAAAGAAGUGUGUGUGCGUGUGUGUUUGCUGCUUCCACACAUUAACCGCAUGGUUUUCAUGUGAAGAACACCACAAAACAAAACAAAAAUUCAUUUAAUUUUAGCAUGAGCCAAUUCAACCAGAGCAUGGAGAUUCACUUUCGUUCACGGCAUUGGAGAGUGUGCAAAUGGAAGAAUGGUGCAGUGUAUAAGAAGAUGCCACACUGGAACAGCUUCUCUGAAGCAAUGUGAUGCCAUCGCAAAGCAAAAGAGGAUGUAACAACAUGAAAAAAUGGUUCAAACCACAGAGAGACACUAAAAAUAUACUAAAAUCCACAACAGUUCGCCUUAUUUUUCUUGGACCCAAACUGUCAGGGUAACAAAACACUCUUUUGUUUCUUUUUUUUUAAAAAAAGACCUAACAUCAAUAAUUUAACUGUAAAUAAAUAACACUGUAUAAAUUCUAAGGAGAAGUAGAAUAAAUGUUGAUAAGGCACUGCCUCUUAGCUCACAAACGGGAUAUUGCAUUCACGUUGAACAGUGUCUCAAACCGCUACACCUGCAGGGGUAUUCUGGGUGUAUCUUCACAGAUUCUUGUAUAUUUAGCAAUUAUAUUGUUUGUAUAUGCAAAAACGCUAGCUUGAUUUUAAAAAAAUCUUUAAAAUCUCCUGCAAAUUUAAUGAUUCCUGAGAUGAGGAAUUCUGUAGUUCUGUGAAAAAAAAAAAGAUGACUUUUUUCCUUCAGAGUACUAAUAUUUUGAUGCAUGCAUCUCACCUUAUUUUGAUGAACUCUUUUUCCAAUUUUGCAAACACUAGGACACAUGAGAAGUGAGAAUCUUGGGGGGUGGGGGUGGGCAUUCAUUUAAGGGGGACCCGCUGUUGGGCUCUGACCUGAGCACCACUGAAGAUGAAAGGUGGUCGGGCAUCGAUAGUACUUGGCAGAGGGUGCCCUUUUCCUGUCAACACAAAGCCCUUCAUCUAAUAUUUGUUGCUGUUGCCAAUUUUUUUAAGGGAAAUGACCUACAGUUUAAAGAAACUGUAACAUAUACAGUAGUUGCAUCACGGGGUGGAGGGGUGGGGGAUCUUAUCUGUUCUUGCUUUAUCCCAGGGGGAAAUGCUUGCAGCUUUUAGGAGUGGGUUGGUGCUCUUGUAAGCACAAGUUUGGGAAUUUUUUAAAAAAAACUUAAGAGAAAUUCUUAGCUAACAGACUGGCAGCACGCUGUAAAAAAAUAUUACUGCAUUGUGUACUGGCUCAAAGAUGUAGAAUCUUUAAGUAAGCCAAUCAUCUGUAAUCAUCCUAGCAGUGUAAUAUUAGGUUGUUAAGGCUGCUGUGUUUUAAAGGGCAUUUUGAUUUGGGGUUUUAGUGAAAUACUUUAAUUUGUUAAUUAUCUUCAUAUGAAAGCAGGAUUCAUUGAUAAUAGCUCUAAUUACAUAUGUAUGAGAAGAAAACACCACAAACACUGGAUGAUCUAGUUGAUUAUUUAAGCAUAAAAUAAAUUGUGUUAAAACUCUUCACUUUA